AUGAAGGUCAGCCAACUCUAUCUAUACCCGAUCAAAUCCCUCCGGCCAACUCCUCUUGACACGGCCGUCCUAACUUCCGUGGGGCUACAAUUCGAUCGUCGAUAUAUGCUCCUGAAGGUUGAGCCAAGUGAAGAUGGCUCCAAAUCUACGCUUAAAAACAUGCACAUUCCCCAUUAUCCCGAAAUGGGACUUUUCCAGACUGCAGUAGAAUUCCCCAAAACCAAAGAUGACAGCGGAAAAGUCACGGUGACAUACAAUCCUCCUACUCCGCAAGAUACAUCAGACCCAAAGCCACGCGAGGCCAAGUACUUAGAGAUCCCACUGUGCUCAAUGUCAGUGAAACACAAAAGAAAAGUUCAAGUCAUGAUGCACAAGAGCCCAACAACUGGAUAUGAUAUGGGUGCCGAAUACAACAACUGGUUCAGCGAAUGCUUUGGGUUUCCAGUUAUCCUAGCCUACCUAGGAAAUAAUUCGAGACAAGUACUCGGUACAAUGGCCCCAGAAAAGCGAAAUAAGACACCUUGGUGGACGAUUUGGUACGAAGCAUUAGCGCAUAUCUCGAACAAGACGAUUAUAUUGCUACUUUUUUGGCUCUACUUCCUCGUCAGAGCUGUCAGUAUUCCCAUCAACAUGAUGAUAGACAAAAAUCUGGCUCCUCAAACUGCGUUCCCGGUCGCCACUCUCGUUUUCGCUAGCUGGGUAUGGGCCACACAUUGCCUAUUCGUUAGACUUCGCCGAACGCGUAUCAGUUUUGCCGACUGUGCCCCAUUUCUCGUGAUCUCACAGGCCUCAAUCGACAAUGUCUCUGCCCGGCUUCCGGAGGGGGAGGAAAUGGACCAUACUAAGUUCCGGCCCAAUAUUGUCGUAUCGGGCGCCGAUUCAGCCUUUGAGGAGGAUUUUUGGACCGAGCUUAUCGUGGGACCAACGAAGGCUCGUUUAUUACUGACGGGGAACUGUGUGAGAUGUCAAAGCUUAAAUGUUGAUUAUCAAACUGGGAGCAUGGCCGAGGGCGAAACAGGAACGGUGCUGAAGAAGUUGAUGAAAGAUCGGCGGGUGGACCGAGGGGCUAAGUUCAGCCCUGUUUUUGGGCGGUAUUCGUUCCUGCAUUGGACAGGACAUGGGGAUAUAAUUCGGGUAGGCGAUGAGGUUGGGGUAGUGGCGCGUAGUAAAGAAAGGACCAUUACAGGUAUGAAAGCCCAGGAUUUCUUUUACUGUUCUACUUUCAAGUCUGGGUUGAACCACUGA